CAGCUUACUCCAGUAAUCUCUUCUGCCAUACCUGUGUUGCAUUAGCGGUGUCUUAUACACAUGUGCAUAGAGACUUGUGGCUCUUGGAUGAAAUAAUUGCACUAUGUUUCCCAGGACUACUGAUUUUGGCACUGUGAUUGUUUUCUUUACAUCCAUUCUCUCAGGGGUCCACAGUGCAGAUGUUGUCCCGGCUCUUCUCCUGGCUCUGCGAGACAGCACUGCAGCCGUAUCCUCUUUCCCCACUCACCUCAACAUUAGCAUCAGAAUAACCAACCGCGUUUACAAUGACACACUUGGAGAUCCAAACUCACCAGACCACAAACGCCUUCGAAAAGAAGUCAGACUCCUGCUCAACAGUGCGUUGGAGGGGGAGUCCAACUAUGGAGGAAUUACUGACAUGGCGUUCAGCAAUGGAUCUGUAAUUGCCAAUACAACAGUACAGUUUGGACGACGGGAAGUAGAUCCAGUCAAGGUUAAACAUUUUGUAAACAUAGCAAAGACCUCCAUGCUUGAGCUGCAAAAAGACUUUACAAAAGUUAUUCAGUCGUCACCUCCAGAGCUGAGGGAGAAAAAGGACAGCAGAAGUUCCGACAACCAGACGGUGGAACUCGAUGUUAGAGCUCCGACCACCAGUGACCCCCCCACGACCUCCGUACCUGAUGCCCAUACGCCUCCACACUCUCCCUCAGAUUCAACAGGAUACUCUAAUCCUAUUUCGCCCCUCUCCACACCACCUGGUCAUUUAUCUCAAGUCACGUCAACUACCGAUCACUCGCUUGUCCCACCAAUUCCCCUUCCUCCAUUUGAUGGCAAUGGGACAAAUCCUCAUACGACCACUACGAAAACAGCCUCUCAUGCCUCAACUACGACAACAACCUCUCAUGCUUCAACUACAACAACCUCUCAUGCUUCAACUACAACAACCUCUCAUGCGCCACCUACGACAACAACCUCUCCUGAUUCAACUACGACAACAACCUCUCAUGGGUCACCUAUGACAACAACUGCACAUGGGUCAUCUAUGACAACAACUGCACAUGGGUCACCUAUGACAACAACCUCUCAUGCGUCCACUAUGACAACAAGUCAUGUGACAACUCAUAGCCCGAAUAUUACAAGUCCUCAUCCAACCAAUAUGACAGCAACUCCUCAUUCAAACACGACAACUACUUAUAGGCCCAAUAUUUCAACUCCUCACCCAUUCAAUGUGACUACAACUUCUCAUUUGAACAACAUGACAACUCCUCACUCAGACAAUAUGACAACUCCUCACUCAGACAAUAUGACGACUCCUCAUUCAGACAAUAUUACAACAACUCAUCAUACGUCCAAUGUGACUACAACUCCUGAUUCGGACAACAUGACAACUCCUCACUCAGGGAACAUGACAACUCCUCAUUUGAAUAAUAUGACAACUCCUCAUUCAGACAACAUGACAACUAGUCAUCCCUCCAUUAUGACGAGCAGGCCCCAGAGCAGCAGCGUGAGCAGUCCCCACAGCAGCAGCAGUGCUGCACCCGUCUCCAGCGAGGGCACUCCCGGCUGGGGAAUUGCCCUCCUCGUCUUGGCUGCGCUGAUCCUGCUGCUAGUCCUCAUCUUCCUUGUUUACCUGAUGUAUUACUGCUGCUGCAGACGGCCUGAGCCCACCCCUUACAUGGCCUUUAAUCCAGACAUCCCCAUGUACUCGACCCAGAGCACCAUCGACCUGCCCAAUGGAAAAGCCUAUGACGAUAGAGAUGACAAGGCCAGAAGAGGGAUGUAUGAGGUGAACCCAGCUACUCCUAAGUGAUUUCCAGGCCUGUGCAGGGUCGAUGAACACAUGCGUUUUAACAAAGGAGGGUAUGAGAAGAUCCACAAGUCAGAAAAUACAGAAUCUGCAAAAGGAGUGAUUAAUGUACUGUCUGACUACGUCAAAACUGUAAAGUAAAAUCCAUGCAUCAUUUAUUUUCUGGAAAUGUCCAGUUUUUCAUUGUACUGUUUGUAAAUUAUUGAAAAUAAGACAGUUAAUCUCAACAACACUUUUUUUGUAAAAUAGUAUUAGUCUAUAUGGUGCAUAAUGUUAAGAGUGUAUAUUUUCUUUAUGUAUUCAUUAAAUUUCAUGGAUAAAAAAGUACUUACUCAUAAG